AUGGACAGAUAUGACUCGAGCCCUGUAGCCCCUUUGAUCCCAAGCCAAGGCAGAAGCCACUGCAUUGAUAGAGAGGUAUCUGAACAAGGUUGUUAUAGAGGGGAGAUUAUUGAAGAAGUAAAGAGGCAGCUAGGACUAGCACUGCCUCUGAUUGCAGUGAGCAUUCUGCAGUACUGUUUACAAAUUAUUUCGAUCAUGUUUGUCGGCCAUCUUGGGGAGCUGCCUCUUUCAAGUGCUUCGAUGGCUACUUCCUUCGCUUCAGUCACUGGAUUCAACGUAUUGUUAGGAAUGGGAAGUGCACUGGAAACGCUAUGUGGACAAGCUUAUGGAGCCAAACAGUAUCGCAUGCUUGGCAUCUAUACGCAGCGAGGGAUGAUAGUUCUUCUAGUGUUAAGCAUUUUCCUUGCAUUGAUUUGGUUCUACACAGACCACAUUCUAAUAGUUCUUGGUCAAGAUCAGGAGAUAUCUAUUGAAGCUGGGAAAUUUAAUCGGUCAAUGAUACCAGGCCUUUUUGCCUAUGCCCUCCUUCAAUGCAUCAACAGAUUUUUACAGACUCAAAAUAUUGUGUUUCCUAUGAUGAUGAGCUCUGGCAUUACAGCGUUAUUUCAUGUUCUUUUAUGCUGGUUUCUUGUGUUCAAAACUGGAUUUGGAAACAGAGGAGCUGCUCUUGCAAAUGGCAUAUCAUAUUGGGUUAAUGUGUUUUUGCUGACGGUGUACAUCAAGUUUUCACCAGCUUGCUCAAGUACUUGGACUGGCUUCUCUAAAGAGGCCUUGCUUGGUAUCGUCAGUUUUAUAAAACUUGCAAUUCCUUCAGCUAUCAUGAUUUGUUUGGAGUAUUGGUCAUUUGAGAUGGUUGUUCUAUUAUCUGGUCUUUUGCCAAAUCCAAAACUAGAAACAUCAGUCCUAUCUAUCAGCCUCAAUACAUGUUGGAUGGUCUAUAUGAUCUCUGUCGGUCUUGGUGCUGCCAUAAGUACGAGAGUUUCAAAUGAAUUGGGCGCUGGAAAUCCACAAGGCGCGCGCUUAGCAUUGGGUGUGGUAGUCAUAGUGGCCCUUACAGAGGGCGCAAUUGUUGGAACAACAACCAUUCUGGUUCGGCAUAUAUGGGGAAAGCUCUAUAGCAAUGAAGAAGAGGUGGUUAGAUAUGUGGCUAAGAUGUUGCCUCUCCUUGCACUAUCUGACUUCUUUGAUGGAUUCCAAUGUGUCUUAUCAGGGGCUGCAAGAGGAUGUGGAUGGCAAAACCUCUGUGCAUUUAUCAACCUUGGAGCUUAUUAUAUUGUAGGAAUACCUUCAGCUGUUCUGCUUGCUUUCUUCUUCCACAUUGGAGGCAUGGGACUUUGGAUGGGAAUCAUAUGUGGCCUUUCAGUGCAAGUUGUAGCACUUGUUACAGUAAACCUGUGCACUGAUUGGGAUAAUGAGGCAAGAAUGGCAGUGAAUAGAAUUCAAAGUUGCAGCAUACCAGAGGAAUAAUCACCAGAACAAAAGGAAGUUAGUAAAAGAAUCCCUAAUUACUUCUAGAACUGUAAUUAUCAGAUGGCACUUGCUUCACUGCGACAAAGGAAGCCCGUUUUCAGUUUUUUUGUUCUCCUGCUUCAACUUUCUUAUCAAGUGGCAGUCCACAUGUCUGAAAUUUGAGGAACGAUAAAAGGAAGGUGAGAGCUGGUGAUAAGGUUCUUGGCUGCGAAAUAUUGUUCCUGGAAACUCUGUAU